AUGGAAAACAUUUGUAUAACUCCAUCAUGUGGCAAACCGUCUAAUUUAAAGUGCCCUGUGUGUCGUGAUUUGGGGAUUGAAACAUCAUUCUUCUGUUCACAAGAAUGUUUCAAACAGUUUUGGAAAACACAUAAAACAAUACACGUUGUCGGUACCGAAGAUGCGUGCGAAGAUGUUCGUUUCAACGGAUAUAAAUUUACAGGUCAAUUACGACCUGCUAAAAAAACACCUAAACGAGAAGUGAAGGGUUCCAUUGAAUUCCCAGACUACGCUAUCACAGGGAUACCCGUUUCAGAACGCCAAGCGAAAAGUUCUCAUAGUAUUGUUGUUUUGGACGACGAUGAAAUUGAAUGCAUGCGUGUUACAGGAAAGCUUGCCCGUGAAGUCUUAGAAGAAGCAGUAAAAGCUGUUAAAGUUGGUGUAACGACUGAUGAAAUCGAUCGAGUUGUACAUGAGGCAUGCAUUGAACGUGAAUGUUAUCCUUCUCCACUAAACUACUUCAAUUUUCCGAAGUCAUGUUGCACAUCGGUUAACGAAGUGAUCUGUCAUGGAAUACCAGAUAUGCGACCUCUACGAAAUGGCGAUAUUCUAAAUAUUGAUAUUACCACAUACCACAAUGGAUUUCAUGGUGAUGUGAAUGAGACAGUGUUUGUAGGUCAACCAGAUGAUCGUUCAGUGAAUCUAGUGAAAAAUGCUUACAAAUGUUUGGUUAGAUCUAUGGAUGCUGUUCUUCCAGGUGUUAAAUAUCGCGAAAUGGGAGAUAUAAUUUCAAAAAAUGCUUCACUUGGUGGAUUUUCUGUUGUCAAGACUUAUUCAGGUCAUGGAAUACAUCGGUUAUUUCAUUGUCCUCCAAAUAUUCUUCACUAUUCACGUAAUAAGGCAGUCGGUGUCAUGAAACCGGGACAUUGUUUCACUAUUGAACCAAUGAUAAAUGAAGGCGAUUGGCAUGAUGAAUUAUGGCCAGACAAUUGGACUGCAGUAACUAGGGAUGGUUUAAGAUCAGCUCAAUUUGAACAUACUAUGGUUAUUUCAAAACCAGAAUUAGCCACAUCGAAUGGAAUGGCAAUCGAAGUAUUAACUAAACGUCGUAUCAGUGGUGCUGAUCCAUUAAAUGGAUGUAAAUUCAAUGAAGAAGAUGCUUUACAUUUUGAACGUUAUGGUAGACCUUAUUUUGUAGAUCAAUUGUACAAAUUAGGUUUAAAUACUGAUUGUACAGUGUUUAAAAGUAUGUCUAAAAAUUAG